AGCUGUCACUGGGCUCGAACGGAACGGGCCCUGGGGGCGCCUUGCGGCCCCCACGUCGAGGCACGAAGCUCGGCCGGCGGACGUCGGCUGCCGAGGGCCAUGCCUCGCGACACUGGCGAUGGCAUGCGUGCCACCGAGAUCACCUUCCUCCAGGAGCAGAACAAGCUGGUUCUGGAGACUUUGGAGCGCGUGGAGAAGGAGCGCGAGCAAGCGCACGAGCAGAUCAGGGCCUGCGAGGAGCGCGACGCGGCGCUGCAGAGUGAGCUGCAGGCGAUCAAUGACAAGAUUGGAUCUCUGGCCGAGCGGCUGCGACAAGACAAGUCCGAGACCACCUCCAAGGACGAGCAUGUCCGGGUCCUCUCGGAGCAGAACAAGCAGAUGCUCGGGAUGCUGGAAACCGAGGAGCAGAAGUCCAAGUCCACGGCCGCAGCCAUCAAGCAGUUCGAGAGCAAGAACCGCAAGCUGCAGAAGAUUGCGGAGGAGUUUGACACCGCCAAGGCGGACCUGGAGCGACAGGUCGCCGAAGCCAAGAGCCGGUGCGCCGACACCGUGGCGACGGUGAAGAGCCAGCGCAGUCUCAACGAGACGCUGCGGUCAAACAUUCAGAACACCGAAGCCAAGACUCGGGUCUCCCACCCGAUGGGCGGACGGGUGUGGAGCGUCAAGCUCUGUCAAGGCCCCCCGCGCCAGCCCCGCAGCCCUUUUGCGGCGGCGGAUAUCCGGGAACGCACGAACCAACUUGGGCGCCGAGCCUUCGAGGCCUCCAAGCCCCGAGCGUCGCGGCCGGCCUUGCGGCGCUUCCCCAAACCCACCGCCCCGCGGGUCCUGGGGGCACUGCUUUGCAGCAGCCUAGGAGGCCUGUGCGUCCAUGCCUCCAAGAACGCGGUGGAGCACGGGCCCUUCUCCGUGAAAUUAAGGCGUCAGGUGAUCCCACUUCACAGCGAGGACGGGGUGGUGCACCACAAGAGCGCCUACUACGGGGAGAUCUCCGUGGGCACGCCCCCGCAGGCCUUCGAGGUGGUCUUUGACACCGGCAGCGGGCAUCUAGUCUUGCCCUCCAUCAUGUGCCGCUCCGACACCUGCCUGAACCACCGCCGCUACCGGCGCCGCGCCUCUUUGGUCGCCAAAGACAUCGACGUGGACGGCACGCCGGUGCUGCCGAACCAGGCCAGAGAUCAGAUCACGGUGUCCUACGGCACCGGGGAGAUCACUGGGAUCUUCGUGCAAGACAAGGUGUGCCUGGGCCAAGCCAAGGCCGCCCCGCCGUCGCCGGCACCGGCCACUCCUUCCGGCGCGAAGAUGGGCGCCAGCGGCGCCUCGCUGUUGCAGCUCGACCGGGCACGCAUGGCGAGCGCCUCGCAGCUCGUGGAGGAAGACGAGGACGAGGAGUCGGAUGGCCGCCCAGACCACGGCUGUGUGGACCUGCGCCUGGUCUCUGCCACGGAUAUGACGGAGGAUCCGUUCUCCAGCUUCCGCUUCGACGGGGUGCUGGGCCUGGGUUUGCCCAGCCUCUCACAGACCCAGGAGUUCAACUUCCUGGAGGCCGGCUCCGGCGGCGGCUCCUGGAGCAGCUUCGUGCCCGACGGGGAGCGGAUGUUCGGGGUCUUCCUGGCCAAAUCCGCGGAGGAGGAGAGUGAGAUCACCUUCGGCGGGUGGCAAAGUGAGCGUAUUGUGAACGGCAGCGAGCUGGCCUUCUGCAAUGUCCAAGACAGCCAGGAAGGCUAUUGGCAGCUGGAAGUCUUCGGAAUCAAGGCGAAUGGCCAAGCCCUGGACUUUUGCGCUGAGGGCUGCCGAGCUGUGGUGGACGGGGGGCUGCCGCUGGGCUCUGGGUGCAACGCCUCCACCGCUCCUCGGACACGGGUUCCUCGCUGCUGGGAGUGCCCACUGACCUGGGAGAUCAGCUGGCGCGAGGGCCCAGAAGAUCCCGGCUUUCGGUCAGCGGCCUUGGGAGACGCUUGA